AUGACGUUAGCCAACUUUCGAAAUCUUGGGAAAAAGAUUGUAUGUGUGGGCAGGAAUUACAAGGAUCAUGCACUUGAACUUGGAAAUCCAAUACCGACUAAGCCGAUGCUUUUCUUAAAGUCAGCUAAUGCAUUUGUUCAAGAAGGUCAUCCGAUCAUUACACCAGUUGGGUGCGAGAACCUUCAUCAGGAAGUGGAACUCGGAGUAAUAAUUGGAAAAACUGCAAAGUUUACGACUCAAUCGCUUGCACUCAUUCAUCCUUCGUCAGCUACGAAUAUAGACGACGCCGCGUUUUCCACAGGAACUAAAAUAAGGUGGGCCGGACACGUAAUGCACGUAAUCAACGGUAAUCGUUGGAUCAGAGCCAGUGUAACACGAAGUGAAGCGAUGUUGUAUGUCGCUGGAUACACAGUGGCUCUAGAUAUGACUGCUAGAGACUUCCAGGAUGAGGCAAAAAAAGGAGGAGCCCCUUGGUUUCUGGCCAAAUCGUUCGAUACUGCAUGCCCUGUGUCCAAGUUCAUUCCUAAGGAAGAGAUCCCCGACCCUCAUGCUGAGGAAUUAUUCUGUCUAAUCAAUGGUGUUGAAAAGCAACGAUGUAAAACGGACGUGAUGAUUUUCGACAUUCCGACAUUAAUAGAAUAUACAACCCGUUUUGUGACUUUAGAAGAAGGUGACCUCUUACUAACAGGCACUCCUGCUGGCGAAACAGCGAUGAACGGCGACAUCAGAAACGACUAUAUACAUUCUCAAGAUGGGAUCCCUCAAACUCCUCCAGUUGUUUAUUAUUAUAAUCCCGUCGGCGUGCACCUAAAGAAAAUGGAUUACACUGGUUUCUGCGAAUGCAGGGUGAAGGUAUGGUCGGAACAAUUUCAUAACACUGUAUCUAUUACACUUAUGAUUAUUGUGCUGGGAACUUUUGCAAUGCUAUAUUUUUGGGCUGGAUAUAUAUUCGAGCGGCGAAGGUUGCUGGUUGAUUUUAAAUCAAGUCAUGAUGUUCACCACUAA